AUGACCCAAACAAUGCAGUCCCAAGCGUCAACAGCGACCGAAGGAUUCGAACUCCCGCGGUGGCGCGGCCGUGGAAAACAGUCCAAUGCCACCCACAACAUCAUCCGCCAGCCCUCGGUCGAGACCCAAGAGAGCCCGAUACCUCAAUUCUCACCAGCUCCGAAAUCAGAUCGUACCACAACCAUGACAACAGGCAUCGCCCCGUCACGCACCCGCCACGCCGUCUUCUUCACACGGUCCAUCCUCUUUUCCGACCUCACUAUCACCUCCACUACCGACCCCUCAAUUCGCUACCACGCCUCCACCCACGAAUGGAACUUCACCCUCCCAGACAUCAUCCUCUACGCCUCCACAACAUCCUCCCAGAAAGCCACCCUCCUCGCCGCUGCCCACUUCCGCUUCUCCCGGCACGCGCGCAUGGGCUUUCUCGCCUCUCCUGCAGCCUCCAACGACAUGGGGUUGAGCGCACUAAACGGCAAAGAUGCCCACGACGGUCUCGUCUCCUGGGAGGAAUGUCGCAACGUGAGCGGCUUCUGCGGUUACUGGAUGUAUGACUUCACCGUUCCUUGCCCGCCUACAGCACUGCAUCCGACUGGUAGGCGGAAACUCAGACUGAGCCGCACGCGCAAGGAGGUCGAUGGGGUAAGGGGAUGGCUGGGGUGGGCGAGUUUCCGGAAUUAUCGCAUUCUAGAUCGGGAGAGAAUCGAGGAGAGCGGUGCUGAGAAUUGUGAGAGUGACGUAGGUGUGUUCCUGAGUGAUGACCUGAGGAGCUUGACCAAGGUUGGGGAGUUGAGAUUGUACGAGGAUCUGGGAGAAGAGGUGAUUAGGGGAAUUGUGAUGGCGUUAGCGAUUGUGCUCGAGAAGGCAACAAGACGUGCCAGAAGGAGAGGAGGCGGCGGUGGUGGUGACGGAAGUGGAUGA